AUGACCGGAACUUCAAUGCAUCCUAUUCGGGUAUUUGUGAGAUGGGCAACGACACAGCGUAAAUCCGUGUCGAUUAUUGGCUCGGGCCCGUCUGGUUUCUAUACGGCUUGCAGACUUCUGUCAAAAUCGCCGAUUCCACUUGAUGUCACAUUGUGGGAGAAAUUACCGGUGCCAUUUGGACUCAGCCGUUAUGGAGUUGCACCGGACCACCCGGAAGUCAAAAACUGCGAACAAACGUUCACAGAGUACGCAAGGAAGUAUUUAUAUCCGGGUGUUGACGGACAUACAUUUAGGUUCCGCGGAAAUGUCACGAUUGGGAAGGAUUUAGAACUGAACACCCUAAUGAAACGUCAAGAUGCCGUUAUCCUGAGCUAUGGUUGCUCGGGAGACCAUAAACUCGGAAUACCAGGCGAGGAUGAUACAAAGGGCGUGUUCACGAGCCGGGAAAUAGUGAACUGGUACAAUGGCCAUCCUGACUUUGCCAAAUCCGAAAAGCUCAAUGGGUUUGACUGGGAAAGCGUGCGCAAAGUGGGCAUUAUAGGAAACGGUAACGUUGCGCUUGACCUGGCCAGAGUCCUUUUAAGUUGUCGGGAAAACGACAUAUGGGCUCAUACUGAUAUUAAUCCCUUCGCCCUGAGCGCAUUCCGCAGAGCACCCAUACAAGAAGUGAAGCUCAUAGCUAGGCGGGAUUUUGUCCACAGCAAGUUUACGAAUAAAGAAUAUCGUGAAUUAUGGGAACUGGAGCAAUAUGGCAUUCGAGGCUUUAUAAGUGACCAAUAUUUUGACGCAUCGAAAAUCGACUUAACCAAUGCUGAUAGAGUACAGAAGAGACGUGUAGAGAUGACUUCAGAAUAUCUAAAGCCAUUUAAUGAAAGAACCAAGAAGAAUUACCGUAAGUUUCCUCCACCAGCGGCAGGUUUCAAAAAACAUUGGGAGAUGGAUUACUUGAAAACGCCUCUGCGCAUAAAUAGCGGCGCGGAUGGCAAAUUAAAGUCAUUGACCGUUUGCCCAAACAUUCUUUCGGCGGAUUCCAAAAUCGAACCACUGGCGUACGAGGAAAUUGAUUAUGAUAUGGACGUGUUAAUUACGUCUCUCGGCUACGGGAGCAGCCCACUAGUUGAUUUUCCCUCGUUGAAUAUCGGAUUUGCCAAAAAUCAUGUUUACAAUGAUCGAGGCAUGGUUCUCAAUACCCAGGGAUCUAUAAUACCUGGUCUCUAUGUUUCUGGAUGGAUUAAAAAGGGAAGUAGUGGUGUCAUAGCUUCCACAAUGGCAGACGCAUUUGAGGUCGCUGAUAUGGUAAUAACAGACCUUCGAAGCGUGGCCUCAUCAAAAUCAAGGGCUAUUGAUAUUUCUGGUGUCAGGUUUACAACUUGGAAAGAUUGGGAGAAGAUCGAUUUGGAAGAAAAGGCAAGAGGAAAAUUCCAAAACAAAAUAAGGGAUAAGUUUAUCGAUACUAAUGAUAUAUUAGCUUUCUUGAGAGAGGAGAUUCCGUCUUCCAUUGAAGACGGUUCUCAUAUAGGUCCCUUGUAA